AUGCCCUGCCCAUGGUCGGGGCUGGACUUGGUCAAAGACAGGCUGGCGAAAGGCCAACGACUUCUUGAAGGAAACGAAAGUAAGUCUCCAAUCGGCGAUGUUCAUCCUAGUUUGGAGAACAUUGAGCGGAACGCCGGAAUCCUCCGGCCAUUGGUGGAGAGGAUGAAAUCGAUGAAGAGAAUGAGCGCUUGGCCCAUCGAGACUUAUUCGGUGCUUUGCGUUGCAUUUUACGACGGGCACAAAGAGUGCUAUAUGGGACGCAAGGGCAACGAGAGUUUCAAUCCGGAGUCGUGGGGAUUUCAGCAGGCUUGGGCGAUGCAUAAGAUGAUCUCUGCUCUGAGAACGAAAGCGAUGCGGGACGAGAUUCCCCGUGAGCUCAGUCUAGAGUUAGCAAAUCGUAUGUUCUGCUUUGACGUCUCGUUAGACGCGGCAUCAGCGGAGCUGGUGAACUUGCUGCGUGAUGCCAAGAGGCUUCGUCUUCAGGAGAUCAAGGAGGAGACCGAGCGGGAUUACCCGAUGCAGUCUGAAGGCUCGGAACAUGACGAUGGCGACGGUGAGCACGAGGAGUGCGAUGAUGAUGAUGGUGAUGCUGUCAUGGUCGACUCACCGGACAUGGAUGUGUUUGAAGCCUUCGGGCUUCUGGGUGACACAGUGCCCGGUGCACCGGGCGAUGCUCCUGCAGACCAUUCGGAGGCGGGUCCCCCGUUGAGGGUGGAGGCCUCGGAGGUGGGUCCCUUGGUGAGGGUGGAGGCCUCGGCGGCUGGAUUUGCUGAUGUUGAGAUGAUCGCCGACUCACCGGAGCCAGUAGUGGCAUCCUCUGCAGGCUCCCCAGUUCAGCUGGACUGCCCUAUGGUGGGGACCACACCUUCUCCGACCGUAGACAAGGGAAGCAUGAAUGUGGGAGUGCCGGCCGAUGCAACCAACGAGGACACAUUGCCGGCAAGCUUCGAGGAGAUGGAAGCAGUGGCCGCAAUGCUGCAGCGCAAUCCUGCUUUGAAGAGGAAUGUGUGGGGGGAUGAUGCUAGGCUUGAGGAGCCGGCAAGUCGCCGGCCCUUCCUGCCGGACGAACCAGAGACUUCGGAGAGCCCUGUCCCAUUGGGGCAGCGCACCCCAUCUGAAGCUUUCGGGAGCCCAUGCCGAGUCCCCCGGUCCCCGGGCUCCACGUUGAGCAAGAUGGGGGAUAACAGCCCGAAGCCAACGAUCAGCCCUUUGCAGGUGGGCGUGGGCGUGGCAGAGGCAAAGGCAGCAAAGACACGCGUGCGGACCAUCUCGAUGGUGGCCGAGGUCGCAGCACAGGCCGCGGUGCAGGCUGCCGAGGUGCCGCUCGCCCCUGUGAAGGAGAAGCCAGCGGUCAAGGCGAAAGCCAAAGCCAAAGCCAAGAGCAAUGGCAAGCGCGGGUUGGAGUCACCCACGGAGCCUACGGCCGACGAGAAGCCGGGCAAUGAGAGGGCUGAGAGUGUUGCCUCUCCGAUCCGCCCCAGGACCCUUUUCACGGGCAGCCCUGCGAAGCCUAUCUUCAACACGCCUGCAAGACGUGAUCUUGGGAAGGGCCGAGGAAAGGGUAAGAAGGCUGCGAACUCGAAGCCUGCUGCUCGUCCCCAAGCUUCCGAUUUCCUGCGCGAUAAUCAGGCCACGCUUCCGAACUCCUUUGCCCGCAGAGCGAUCCCCGCGGGUGUGGCAGCUCUGGAGCGUUAUUGCCGGAUUGUGAGGGCCUUCCAGAACCAGGUGGAGUGUGAGAUCGAGCCGGGAACGAAGUGCAAAGCUGAGGUGGGAAUCAGCUAUUUGAACAAACAGCACUAA